CGAGAUGCAAUACGGCGAUACGGUACGGGGCUGUCUGGUCCCGUACCGUAGUAUACCAACCGUAGAUGUCGGGAUCGUACCACACAUCGUAGAUAGAUCUACGGUAGAUAUCGAGGUGACGCUGUACGCACGUCUUGAAAUCAUGGGCAAGUUCAAAAGUGGCACAGGUAUAAUUUCACAGAAAUUUCCAACACAAUUUCUUUCAGGUCGAGACUAAACUGUCGUAAGUAGUUUGUUGUUCUGGCAAAUCACUGACCAACAGAUAGGGAACGUCGGAAAGUGGCCGGCCGGCUUCCGGAAGGUUUCCGAUUGCGAGCAGCUGACAACAUAGAAUUUAUUUUCGGCCAUUGACAGCGUCAUACGGGUAGUUCGUUGACAGCACACAGGAACUCCGCUCAGCAAGCAAAGGAGUUGUUCAGCAGCAGCAGCAGAGAGCCUAAUCACAAUGGUCUACUGGAGUACAAUAAUCGGUGUGCUGUUCGGCAUCUACCUAGCAUGGCCGUGUGCUUUUGAUCCACAGGAAUUUGUUACGGGCAAUCCACCAGCGCUGAGCGGAGCAUACAACCCGUCCAAGUGCAGCUUGAAGGCCGAUACACGACAGCGUCUGCAUCUUCCGCAACUGGUCGGACCCGAGUCGCUGGUGUUUGAUACGAAGGGUAACAUGUAUGCUGGAACGCUGUACGGAGGUGUGUACAAAGUCUCCUCACUCAAUACACCACCCGUGCUGUUGACUACUAUGAGAACUCUCAAGUGUGUAGAGAAUACGGAGAGCAAAGAGUGCGGUCGGCCGUUGGGACUGCGUAUGCUGAAUAACGACACCCUACUCGUUGUGGACCUGUUCCAUGGCCUGUUCUCAGUGAACACAGACACUGGUGCUACGCGUCUGUUGCUGGAAGGCGGCGAUCUCAUUGCCGGCCAGGAGAUGACCAUGCUGAAUGAUCUAGACGUCGACCUGGAGACACAAACAGUCUACGUGUCUCAGAUAACACAGCGCUGGCCAUUUCCUAGACUCAACUAUGAAUUUGUGGAGGGAACAUGUACUGGAAGAAUUCUCUCCUAUCACAUUCCGACUGGUGAGGCUGAUGAGGUAGCGACGGGACUCUGCUUCCCCAAUGGCGUACAGCUUAGCAAGGAUGGGCAGUCACUCCUCUUCACCGAGUCAACUCGUUUCCGCCUAUCUCAGUUGUCUCUGGAAAAGAACACAUCAUCAUCGUCGUCGACCAACACCACGACAGUACUGGACGAUAACAUUGCCGGUAUUCCGGACAACAUCCGCCCGCAUCCCGACGGUGGAUACCUGGUUGCUGUGCCGUCGCUAAGAACGAAGGUCAAGUCCACGGAGCUGCUGAACCGAUGGCCGUUGUUACGCCGCCUCAUUUGGAAGAUCACACCAGGGUUUGCGUACAGCUUCAUCGAGGACGCCAUGGUGUACGGUAUGUGUCUACACUACCAUAACAACGGAACCAUACUGGACACGUACCAUUUCCACGACGUGGACAACUUCCGGCACAUCAGCCAGUGCACUGUGGCGCCGGAUAAGAAGACGAUGUACGUCAGCAGCCGCGUGGAUAGCGGCGUUGUGGUCAUGCCGAUUGCUUAGAGGUCAGCAUGGCUAGCGUCGUCAUCAUGGCACUGGGUUAGAGGUCAGCAGGACUACCGUUGUCAUCGUGCCACUGGCUUAGAGGGCAGCAUGACUAGCGCUGUUGUCAAGCCACUGCUGGAUUCGAGGGCGGCAGGACUGGCUUUUAUUGUCAUGCCGAUGGUUUAGAGGACGACAAGACUAGCAUUGUUGUCAUGCCACUGGCUUUGCGGGCAGCAGGAGUAGCAUUCUCUCAGGACGGCUUUCAUCCUUGUGCAAUUGCUGGCAAACUAGUCUUGCCACCGUCCAUGAAGUGAAAAGAAUCAUGGCGUUUUUGGUAUCUUUCCUGUUAUUUGUGGUGUUGGCUUUCUCGGAGCUCGCAUCUUAAAACGCUUUCCAUCUGUUCCCGUUGGAGUAGCUUUGGUACUGCUACGCAGUGGAACAAUGUGAAGCAUCGCCAGGAGUCCUGAUGAUAAGCCAGUGUAGUGUCAGCAGUGAGACAGUUAACACAAUCUGUCCUCCUUGUUACAAUAUCUGAUACUUCAGGUAACCAUUAUUGUGAUCGGCAAUGUCACCGUUACCCAAUCCACUAAUCUAUAAAAUCACC